UGGUCAGAGGUCAAGGGGCGUGCCGGACGGCCGGCAGCGCGGUCUGCGGGGUGCCGUGCACAGGCACCAGGCGAUGGCAGCAUGGAGGAGAGUGUGGCUGAGACGGCAGGGAUGGUGACAGAGCUGAUGCCAGCAGCAGAGGAGGAGGACGAAGAUGAUGAUGACGACAACCACGACGACCUGGCAGGGCGGUUCCUGCGGCUGGAGCAAGAGCAGAACGCGCUGCUGCAGGCGCUGCCACCCUUCGGGGAGCCCGUCAGCCACGUCUACCACCCCCUCGACUACGCCUGGGAACCCCACUGCGACUUCGUGCGCCGCUAUUGCCGCACUCCCAAACGCGUCCUGUUCCUCGGCAUGAACCCCGGCCCCUUCGGCAUGGCCCAGACUGGGGUUCCCUUCGGAGAAGCCUGGCACGUGCGGGAGUGGCUGCGGGUCGUCGGGGGGGUGAAGAAGCCGCCCUCGGAGCACCCCAAGCGCCCAGUGCUGGGCCUGGCCUGCCGACGGGCAGAGGUGAGCGGCGCCCGUUUUUGGGGGCUGGUACGGACCCUCUGCCCCGAUCCUCACCUCUUCUUCCGUCACUGCUUCGUCCACAAUCACUGUCCCCUCCUCUUCCUCGCUUCCAGCGGUCGGAAUUUGCCCCCCAACGAGUUGCCCCCCGCCCAACGGGAUCAGUUGAUGGGACUUUGCGACCGGGCAUUGGCACGAGCCGUUGGGCUACUGGGUGUUGGGCUGGUGGUAGGCAUUGGGCGUUAUGCCGAGCGUCGGGCACGGCGCGCGUUGGCAACCACCGGCUUGGCUGUUCGAGUCGAGGGGUUACCCCAUCCCUCGCCUCGAAAUCCCCGAGCCAACCGAGGCUGGGAGGAACUGGCCAAGGCGAGACUGGGAGAACUGGGAGUGCUAGAGUUGUUGGAGAGGGACGGGGGAGCGACAGGGAGGUGAGGGGGGAGGUUUGAAGGUGGGGAGGGUGGAUCUGUGCCUCAGUUUCCCCUGCUGAGAGCAAGGCUGAGGUUUGGGGGGAGGUGAAUGGGUUUGUGCCUCAGUUUCCCCAGUUGGGAGCUGGUUUGGGGCACCUUUAAGAGGUGGAGGACGGAUCCGUGCCUCAGUUUCCCCUACAGGACCCAGCCUGGGGUCUCAUUUUGAGAGAGGGAGUGGGUCCAUGCCUCAGUUUCCCCACUGAGAGCAAAGCAAGGUCCCAUCACACAGGGAUGGGGGAGCGAUCCACCCCCCCAACCCCCUGUGCCUCAGUUUCUCCUCACUGCAGGGCAGACCCCACCCCAAGGGCUAAUUCUGCGGGCAGACCCUGCCAGCAGCCUCCAGUCUUCCCAGUUUAACCAGUUUAACACUAAACAGGCCCUUGGGGGGCAGGGUGGGGGAGCACCACAUCCCAUGGGGGGUUGUGGCCAUGACCCCACCCUGUGCCUCAGUUUGCCCUGGGUGCCCCAGGCUUGAUCCCCACCAAGCUCUGGGGCUCAUCACCUUUUUAUUUCCCCUAAAAUCUCCCCGGCUUGGGGUUUUUUUGGGGGGGGGGUUAAGCUAUUUAACCCAAAGGGUCUGUGGUUCUGCUUGCUCUUGGCAGGGGAAACUGAGGCACGGGUGCGUCCCCCGGACUGGAGUGACGGUGGGUGGGGAUACGAGGUGCUAAGGGGCUCCCCAGGGGGGUCUGUCGCGUGUCCCCGUGCCUCAGUUUCCCCUGCCAGCAAUAAACUGCAUCC